GUCUUCCAGAAAUCACAGGGCAAGGCUCACAGGCCCCGCCUCACCCUACUUCCGCUCUGGCCGUGUGCCCUGCCUGUCAUGUCCCGCCACUGCGCGAUGCUUACUUGCGCCCUCCUUGCCCUGCUCGCCCUGGGGGCGGCUCGAGCUCAGGAGACGGCCGCCUGCGGCUCCGUCGUGCCCCGGAGAGAAUGGAAGGCCAUGGCGUCGGAGUGCAGAGACCGCCUAAAGCUGCCAGUGCGCUACGUGAUAGUGUCGCACACGGCGGGCAGCACCUGCGCCUCCCCCACCUUGUGCGAGCAGCAGGCCCGGAACGUGCAGUACUACCACAUGCGGGAGAAAGGGUGGUGCGACGUGGGCUACAACUUCCUGAUUGGUGAAGAUGGUCUGGUGUAUGAAGGCCGGGGCUGGAACUUCAAGGGCGCCCACUCAGGGCCCACCUGGAACCCUAUGUCCAUUGGCAUCAGCUUCAUGGGCAAUUACAUGGAGCGGGUGCCCCCGGCCCGGGCCCUCAGGGCGGCCCAGAAUCUGCUGGCCUGUGGCGUGGCACGGGGCGCCCUGAGCCCCCGAUACGAGGUCAAAGGACACCGGGAUGUGCAGCAGACGCUCUCCCCGGGCGACCAGCUCUACAACAUCAUCCAGACUUGGCCACACUACCGCGAGUGAGGCCCUGCCUGCCCCGCCGUCUACCCCUCCACCGCUCCUCUCCCAGCACUAUGGGAAACCCCACCCACUGUGUCCUCCUUCAAUAAAGGUGCAGCUCAA